AUGCAUUGGUCGGCCUCGGUUCCGCUGCUCUGCAGCUCAAUGCUUACUUUCGUCACGGGCGCGCUUGCGUUGCAGCGGGCGGAUAAGCACUACGCCAUCAUGGAUAACGACUGGUAUACAGCGGGGUUUGUGCCUUACCUUGUUGCUCUGGAUGGUGAUGUGGAGAUCCUCGGGUUGGCCUCGGAUACCGCCAACAGCUGGCAGCCGCAGGGUGCAUUGCAUGCAGUCGCGACACUGGAAGCGGGAAAUUUGAGCUGCAUUCCAGUUUACCCGGGCGCCACAUGGCCGCUGAUCAACACCCCCGAGCGUUUCCAGGCGUGGGAGACCAUCCACGGCAAGCUGCCUUGGGAGGGCGCAUUCGCUCCCGAGAACAAGACCGCAGAAGCUGCAGGCAAUGAUCCUACCUCUGGGGACCCGAAUCGGAUUGUCAAGGAAGCCUUCAAAGAGGGAUUCCCCAAGGGCCGACCGGAGAACUCCACCUCGGCCGCUAACUUCAUGGUUGAGAUGGUGCACAAGUAUCCUGGCCAGGUCUCCAUUUACUCGGCCGGCGCAUUGACCAAUAUUGCGCUUGCGGUGCGUAUGGACCCGCAGUUUGCGUCCCUUGCCAAGGAUCUCGUGAUUAUGGGUGGAUAUGUUGAUCUGAACAUGCUUGAAGCCACUGGGAGUAUCAUGCUGGCAGAUUAUCAAUCGGAUAUCAAUCUCAUGAUUGACCCCGAGGCGUCAAAGAUCGCCUUGACUGCGGAUUUCCCGAAUAUUACCAUUGCUGGUAACGUUGCUAACCAGGUCUUCCCGACCAAGGAAUUCAUGGAAGAGGUUCACUCUGUUCCAAACCCGUAUAGCGAGCUCUUCUAUAAUUAUUACGACCUGUCCUUCCCAUUUUGGGAUGAGACUGCCGCUGCGUUGAUGGUCGAUCCCUCGCUCUCUGUCAACCAGACCUCAGUGUUCUUGGAUGUCGACACUUCAUAUGGCAGCCCCAACUACGGCAACAUUCACGUGUACCAAAAGGCACUUGCGCCUUCUGGUAUCCGGGAGGUGAAUUAUGUCUUCGAAGUGGAUGCCGAGAAGCUCACAAAGCGAAUCAAACACGCUUUGCAAUAUCCCAAAUCAUGCGCUAAUUUCAAGUGA